UUGACGUCGGUCGUCGUAGAGUUCGGACGUGUUAUAUCGGGACUGUAUCUGUUACUCCGAUAAGGUAUACGUGAAUAUACUUUUAAUUGUUUCGUUAUCGUGGAUUAUUUACAUAGAAAACGCUUCCGAUAUUUCAGUUACUGAAAAAUGUAUGUGAUGUGAGAGUUAAUGUGAUAUUAUAGAUUGAAGGAUGUGAUUACGAGCCGAAAUUGAAACCGAUAAUGUGUAAUUCUAAAAUGGAAUCUUGGCGAGGAUGCAAUCAGAUACGGCAACAAAGAAAAAGUAUUUUGUGAAUAAAAUGUUAAUAGCAAAAGGAAAAUUGAUGGAAAACCAUUAGAUAAAUUCGAAAGAUUAAAUAAUUAAGAUAUAAACAACGAUAGUUAAUUAGUUGAUAAUAUUAAUAAAGUGAUAAAUUAAACAGUGAAAAUUAUAGUACCAAAAGUGUUAGAAGUGUUAAGAAAAAAUGUUCAAAAUGACAGUUCUACUUCAAGCUCUCGUAAUCUGCAUGACCUGUAUAUCUUUGCAGUUUAUAGGUACAGUCAACACGCUCAAGUCUCUUCAGAUUCACGUACCAAAAGCUGUUCUCACUGGUCGGGAUGCCGCACUAAUGUGUACUUACGAGUUGGAAGGCGCUCAACUUUACUCAAUACGUUGGUACAGAAAUAUGAUCGAAUUCUACCGAUACGUACCAAAGGAAUCGCCAGCCACUAAAGUCUUUCCCGUUGCAGAAAUCAAAGUCGACGUUGCAGCAUCCGAUCAGAAUAGAGUAGUUCUAACAGAAGUAGACCGCACACUAACUGGGGAAUAUCAAUGUGAAGUGUCAGCCGAUGCACCAUUAUUCCAUACGGAUAUCAAGUCUGCGGAAAUGGUGGUAGUCGAACCACCCUUGUUGAGCCCGAAUGUUACAUCAGAUAGGAUGACGUACAUAGGUGGUGACCAUAUUCGGGCGAAUUGUACGUCACCACCUUCAUUACCAGCGGCGAAUAUCACGUGGUACGUCAAUGAACAAAUGGUCCCUAGCUUUACAGCGAAUCACGUUUUGAACUUCAGCAAUGGCUACGCCUCGAGCCUGUCCACUUUAGAAUUAGAAGCAGCAGUCUUAUCUCCAGUACCCACGCUUAUGAUACGAUGUGAAGCGUCUAUAUUCGACGUUUGGAAAGCAACAAGCCACACAAUAGUUCUCCGUGAACGAAAUACGAAUCCAGCUUCCGCUUUAGGCCGGAGUUUUACAGGAGCUGCAUCAAAAACGUGUUUGCCGACAAUUCUUGUUAUUUUAAUAUAUUUCUUUUUAAAAUUUCUAGUAGAAAGUUACACCGAGACAUCAAUAAGAUAGCUGUUUUUCUUAAAUUAGAUUAAGCUUAUUAAAUAUUGUAUCUCAUAAAUUAUAUUAAAAGUGUAGUACGUCAGGGUUCUCGAAUGUUGUUUUGGUAAUAUUAAGGACAAUACGACUCUUUUCAAUGUUGAUUGUGUAGGAAAUUUAAUUUAAUUAGUCAAUAAUAUUUUUAAGGAUUAUCCAUGUAAAAAAGAUGUACUUUAAGGAACAGGUAAUUACUAAGCUCACG